AAAAAAGAAUUUCAAUGGUUAAGUUUCAUUUAAUGUCAAACAAAUGUUGAGAAUUUUGUAAAAUGUAAAUAUUUUUAUUGUAUAUUUUUACAAUGAAUUUGGGAACAAACAAUCAAUAUAGAAAUGGACUUAUUUUUGCCGGAUUUAACCAGGAUCAAGGUUGUUUUGCUUGUGCUACAAACACCGGAUUCCGCGUAUACAACUGUGAACCGUUAAAAGAAAAAGUUCGUCAAGAUUUUGAUGAUGGAGGUCUAAGUUAUGUGGAAAUGCUGUUUCGUUGUAACUAUCUAGCUCUUGUUGGCGGCGGUGAUAAACCUUUAUAUCCACCAAAUAGGGUUAUGAUAUGGGAUGACCUCCGUAAAGCUACUCCAAUAUAUUUAGAAUUCAAUGACAAAGUUCUUGGAGUGAGAUUACGCAGAGAUCGCAUCGUCGUUAUUUUAGAUGGAGUAAUAAAAGUGUACACUUUCACACAAACCCCCACUCAAAUUCACGUUUUCGAAACUUGCUCAAAUCCUAAAGGACUGUGUAUGCUGUGUCCAAACAGUAAUAAUUCACUGUUAGCAUUUCCUGGGCGUAAAACUGGAUAUGUUCAAUUAAUAGAUCUGGCCAAUACAGAAAAAGCACCUUUGGAUAUAGCAGCACACGAAGCAAAUAUAAGUUGUAUCACUUUAAAUUUACAAGGUACAAGGCUUGCUACAGCUAGUGAGAAAGGAACACUGAUAAGAGUGUUUGAUACAACAAACGGUGAAAAAAUUCAUGAACUUAGAAGAGGCGCAAAUCAGGCCAUAAUCUAUUGCAUCAACUUUAACCAUUCAUCAACUCUGCUUUGUGUAUCAUCCGAUCAUGGAACAAUACACAUAUUUGCCCUUGACGAUCAAAAACUAAACAGACAAUCCAGCCUGGCAAACACGAUGUUUUUGCCAAAAUAUUUUUCAUCAACUUGGUCUUUUUGUAAGUUCACUGUCCCUAAUGGACCACCAUGCAUUUGUGCUUUUGGACAGGACAACAGCUCUAUAAUAGUUGUCUGUGCUGAUGGUUCAUAUUAUAAAUUCGUCUUUAACUUAAAAGGAGAGUGUGUCCGUGAGCAAAGUGCACAAUUCCUUGAACUAACUGAUGACACAUUAUAAUAAUAAACCUAGGAACUAAUGAAAGUCUUUCUAGUUGUGAUUUUACUUGGAUAAAUAAACUUUUUUUGCCUUAAAUGUGUAAAUUUAAGCUAUCUAACUUGGCUAGUUAUGUCCUUUGGAGGUAAAUUAAGAAAGAAAUAGACUGAUUUUAUGUUAUAUUUUUAAAUUUACAAAAGCAAAAUAUUUAAAGGUUAUUCAGUUUCAAUUAAUUAUAUAUGUUUAUAUAUGAAGAACUAAAACUAUGCAUAAUUUCUGUUUGUCAUAGGAACACUGUGAAUUAAUUAUGUACAAUAAGUACAAAAAUGUUAGUGUCUAGGUAAAAAAAUACUCUUUAUUGUAAUAUGGUCAAUAUGUCACCUUGCAAAAAAUAUAAAAUAAAUAGAUAUUUUACAUUAA